GUGGCGGGGAGGAGCCGCGUCUGCAGCAUGUGGAGGCCCGGGUUGGGCGGCAGGGUGGCCGGCCUCCUCCCCGGGGGAGUCGCCGCCGCCGCCUGGACGAAGGGACGAGCGCUCUGCAACCACCGAGCCCGAGCGGCAGGCGGCGACCCGCCGCGGCCGGCCCGGCGGUUGCCUCAUCAUAUCAGCCAAGUUCUAAAGGUCAGAAACCAGAGUAUUCAGUUUGUACAUUUAAGAAAAGCAGGAACUUUGAGUGAUAAAAGUUCACUAGAUGAAACCACCUAUGAAAGACUUGCAGAAGAAACACUGGACUCAUUAUCAGAUUUCUUUGAAGAUCUCGCAGAGAAGCCGUAUGCAUCCAAAGAUUUUGAUGUUUCGUUUGGGAGUGGUGUUCUAACAGUUAAAUUAGGUGGUGAUCUGGGUACCUAUGUGAUCAACAAACAAACCCCAAACAAACAGAUCUGGUUGUCUUCUCCAUCCAGUGGACCCAAACGCUAUGACUGGACUGGAAAGAAUUGGGUCUACUCUCACGAUGGAAUGUCCCUUCAUGAACUGCUGGCAUUGGAACUGUCUAAAGCAUUAAAAACCAAAUUAGACUUGUCUUCUUUAGUAUAUUCUGGCAAAGAUACUUGAUGUAGAACUAAUUUUUAAGAAAAUCAAAAGCACCUCUGUUCAGCUGGGCUAGUCUCUGUUUUUAUUUUUGCUUUUGUAAUUAGUUGCAUUGUAUGUAACAGUCCUGUGAAAAUAAUAUAUUUUUCCUCAACUCUGA